AUGUCUGGCUACCAGCAGCAACAGCAGCCGCAUCAGCAGCCGCCGCCGCAGCAGGGAGGCCACUACGAGGAUGACUAUGGUCAUCCAGGCGCCCACGGCGACUCCUACUACCAGGACGACCAAGCCGGCCAGGGAUACUACGACAACCACGACUAUGGUGACGGUUAUUAUGACCGAGGUGCACCAAAUGCAUAUGCCCAGGAGGGUGCUCACCCCGGUCAGCCCGGUCACGCCGAGGGCGGAUACUACGAGUCUGGCCAUCAGGAUGAGUACUACGCCGACCAGUACUACGAUGCCGGCCAGGCGGGAUACGGCCGUGGACGCCGUGGCAAUGAAUCCGAGGAGGACUCGGAGACCUUUAGCGACUUCACCAUGAGAUCGGAGACAGCUCGGGCGGCUGACAUGGAUUACUAUGGCCGUGGCGACGAGCGUUACAACAGCUAUACUGACAGCCAGUACGGUCGUGGGGGAUAUGGCUACCGGCCACCAUCGUCGCAAAUCUCAUAUGGAGGUAAUCGCUCAUCGGGUGCCUCCACCCCCGUCUACGGCAUGGACUACGGAAACGCGUUGCCGGCUGGCCAGCGUUCGCGGGAACCCUACCCUGCCUGGGCCUCGGAUGCGCAGAUUCCGCUCUCCAAGGAGGAGAUCGAAGACAUCUUCCUGGAUUUGGUCAACAAGUUUGGUUUCCAGCGGGACAGCAUGCGCAACAUGUACGACCACAUGAUGACUCUCCUGGAUUCCCGGGCAUCUCGGAUGACCCCCAACCAAGCUCUUCUGUCGCUCCACGCCGACUACAUUGGCGGCCACAAUGCCAACUACCGCCGUUGGUAUUUUGCCGCUCACUUGGAUCUGGAUGACGCAGUCGGUUUCUCCAACAUGAAGCUGGGCAAGGCAGACCGCAAGACUCGGAAGGCUCGUAAAGCCGCGCAAAAGGCGGCCAAGCAGAACCCCGAGAACGAGGAGGCGACCUUGGAAGCCUUGGAGGGUGACAACAGUCUGGAGGCUGCCGAGUACCGCUGGAAGUCUCGCAUGAACCGCAUGUCCCAGCACGAUCGUGCCCGUCAGAUCGCCUUGUACCUGCUCUGCUGGGGUGAAGCCAACCAGGUCCGAUUCUUGCCUGAAUGUCUGUGCUUCAUCUUCAAGUGUGCCGAUGAUUACUACACCUCCCCCGAGUGUCAGGCUCGUGUGGAGCCAGUCGAGGAGUUCACCUACCUCAACGAAAUCAUCACUCCUCUGUACCAGUACUGUCGAGACCAGGGUUAUGAGAUCUUCGAGGGCAAGUAUGUCCGUCGCGAGCUUGAUCAUAACAAGAUCAUCGGUUACGACGACAUGAACCAGCUGUUCUGGUACCCAGAGGGCAUUGAGCGCAUCAGUUUCGAGGACAAGACUCGUCUGGUGGAUCUGCCUCCCGCCCAGCGCUGGCCCAAGCUGAAGGACGUGGUUUGGAAGAAGGCCUUCUUCAAGACCUACAAGGAGACUCGCUCUUGGUUCCACAUGGUCACCAACUUCAACCGUAUCUGGGUCAUUCACCUGUGUGCUUUCUGGUUCUUCACCGCAUACAACGCUCCUACCUUGUAUACUCCCAACUACCAACAGCAACUGGAUCAAAAGCCCCCCGCGCCCAAGUAUCUCGCCGCCGUCGGAUUUGGAGGUGCUCUUGCCGGAUUCAUUCAACUCUUCGCCACCAUUUGUGAAUGGUGCUAUGUCCCCCGUCGUUGGGCGGGUGCUCAGCAUCUGCGCAAGCGUUUCUUCUUCAUUCUCGCCGUAUUCCUGAUCAACUUGGCCCCUGGUGUCGUCAUCUUCGGUUUCUUGGACAAGUUGCCUACCGGUAUUCAAAAGCCCGUCGGUCUUGCUCUGGGAAUCGUGCACUUCGUCCUGGCUCUCUUCACUGUGGUCUUUUUCUCCGUUCAGCCCCUGGGCGGUCUGUUCGGAAGCUACCUCAAGAAGAAUGGUCGACAGUAUGUUGCCAGUCAGACCUUCACAGCCAGUUUCCCUCGCCUGCACGGAAAUGAUAUGUGGAUGUCCUACGGUCUGUGGGUUUGUGUUUUUGGCGCCAAGCUCGCCGAGUCCUACUUCUUCCUGACCCUGUCGCUGAAGGAUCCCAUCCGCAUUCUUUCGCCGAUGCAAAUUUACGAGUGCACUGGUGUGAAGUAUAUCGGCAACAUUCUUUGCCACAAACAGCCCCAGAUUCUCCUAGGUCUCAUGUUCUUCAUGGACUUGACGCUGUUCUUCCUGGAUAGUUACCUUUGGUACAUUAUUUGCAACACGAUCUUCUCCGUUGCUCGGUCGUUCUACCUCGGUGUCUCCAUCUGGUCUCCCUGGCGAAAUAUCUUCUCGCGCCUGCCCAAGCGUAUCUACUCCAAGGUGCUCGCCACCACUGACAUGGAGAUCAAGUACAAGCCCAAGGUGUUGAUCUCGCAAGUCUGGAACGCCAUCAUCAUUUCCAUGUAUCGCGAACAUCUUCUGGCCAUCGACCACGUUCAAAAGCUUCUCUAUCAUCAGGUUCCGUCCGAGCAGGAGGGAAAGCGCACUCUCCGCGCUCCCACUUUCUUCGUUUCCCAGGAGGAUCAGUCUUUCAAGACCGAGUUCUUCCCCGCUGGUAGCGAGGCCGAGCGUCGUAUUUCGUUCUUUGCCCAGUCGCUAUCCACGCCCAUGCCCGAGCCUUUGCCAGUCGAUAACAUGCCCACCUUCAGCGUGCUCAUUCCGCACUACUCCGAGAAGAUCCUCCUGUCUCUUCGUGAAAUCAUUCGUGAGGAUGAACCUUACUCUCGCGUGACCGUUUUGGAAUACCUGAAGCAACUGCACCCUCACGAGUGGGAUUGCUUCGUCAAGGACACCAAGAUCUUGGCCGAUGAAACCUCCCAAUUCAAUGGCGAGUACGGCGAGAAGGGUGAGAAGGAUGCUGCCAAGAGCAAAAUCGACGACCUCCCGUUCUAUUGCAUUGGUUUCAAGUCCGCUGCUCCCGAAUAUACUCUCCGCACGCGUAUCUGGGCAUCUCUCCGCUCGCAGACCCUCUACAGAACGAUUUCUGGCUUCAUGAACUACAGUCGGGCCAUCAAGCUGCUGUAUCGUGUCGAGAACCCCGAAGUUGUCCAGAUGUUUGGUGGUAACUCUGAGAAGUUGGAGCGCGAACUCGAGCGCAUGGCCCGUCGCAAGUUCCGCAUCUGUGUUUCUAUGCAGCGUUAUGCCAAGUUCAGCAAGGACGAGCGUGAGAACACCGAGUUCCUUCUCCGCGCCUACCCUGAUCUUCAGAUCGCUUAUCUCGAUGAGGAACCUCCUGUCAAUGAGGGUGAGGAGCCGCGCUUGUACUCAGCCUUGAUUGACGGUCACUGCGAGCUUCUGGAGAACGGAAUGCGCAAGCCUAAGUUCCGUAUCCAACUCUCUGGCAAUCCAAUUCUUGGUGACGGAAAGUCUGACAACCAGAACCACGCUAUUAUCUUCUAUCGUGGUGAAUACAUUCAACUGAUUGACGCCAAUCAAGACAACUAUUUGGAAGAAUGUCUGAAGAUUCGCUCCGUCCUCGCUGAAUUCGAAGAGCUGUCCACCGACAACGUCUCGCCGUAUACCCCUGGAGUUCCUUCACCGGAGACCACCCCUGUGGCGAUCUUGGGCGCUCGUGAAUACAUUUUCUCCGAGAGCAUUGGUGUGCUUGGUGAUGUCGCUGCGUCCAAGGAACAGACAUUCGGUACCCUUUUCGCACGUACCCUCGCCCAAAUCGGUGGUAAGCUGCAUUAUGGCCAUCCUGAUUUCCUGAAUGCUACUUUCAUGUGUACUCGUGGUGGUGUGUCCAAGGCUCAGAAGGGUCUGCACCUGAACGAGGAUAUUUACGCCGGUAUGAACGCUCUUCUUCGCGGAGGUCGGAUCAAGCAUUGCGAGUACUACCAGUGUGGUAAGGGUCGUGACUUGGGUUUCGGCUCCAUUCUCAACUUCACCACCAAGAUCGGUACUGGUAUGGGUGAACAGAUGCUCUCUCGUGAAUACUAUUAUCUCGGUACUCAGUUGCCUUUGGAUCGCUUCCUGUCCUUCUACUACGCUCAUCCUGGAUUCCAUCUGAACAACAUGUUCAUCAUGUUGUCGGUGCAAAUGUUCAUGAUUGUCCUCAUCAACUUGGGUGCACUGAAGCACGAGACCAUCACUUGCAGGUACAACCAGGAUCUGCCCAUCACCGAUCCCUUGGAGCCCACUUACUGUGCGGACCUUGUGCCUAUCAUCAACUGGGUGAAUCGUUGCGUCAUUUCCAUCUUCAUUGUGUUCUUCAUCUCGUUCGUUCCUCUGGCUGUCCAAGAAUUGACGGAGCGUGGUGUCUGGCGCAUGGCUACUCGUCUUGCCAAGCAUUUCGGAUCCUUCUCAUUCAUGUUCGAAGUGUUUGUCUGUCAGAUUUACGCUCAGGCUGUCCACCAGAACUUAUCGUUCGGUGGCGCUCGCUAUAUCGGUACUGGUCGUGGUUUCGCAACUGCCCGCAUUCCUUUCGGUGUCUUGUACUCCCGAUUCGCUGGUCCGUCGAUCUACCUUGGUGCACGCCUCAUGCUCAUGCUUCUCUUCGCAACCACGAGCGUUUGGACCGCCGCUUUGAUCUGGUUCUGGGUUUCAUUGCUCGCUCUGGUCAUUUCGCCAUUCCUGUUCAAUCCGCACCAGUUCUCGUGGAACGACUUCUUCAUCGACUACCGUGACUAUCUCCGCUGGCUUUCUCGCGGCAACUCUCGCUCGCACGCCUCGUCCUGGAUUGGCUUCUGCAGACUGUCCCGAACCCGACUCACUGGUUACAAGAAGAAGCUACUCGGAGUUCCUUCUGAGAAGGGAUCCGGCGACAUUCCUCGCGCCCGCUUCACCAACAUUUUCUUCAGUGAAAUCAUUGCCCCGCUCGUUGUUGUCGCUGUCACCCUUGUACCGUACCUGUACAUCAACUCGCGUACCAUGUUCAGUGAUGACAAGAAAUAUGCCCCUGACGCCAUUCUGCGUAUUGCUCUCGUUGCAUUCGCUCCGAUUGGUAUCAAUGCUGGUGUUGCUGGCAUGUUCUUUGGCAUGGCUUGCUGUAUGGGCCCUAUCUUCAGCUUGUGCUGCAAGAAGUUCGGUGCCGUUCUCGCUGCGAUUGCCCACGCCAUCGCCGUCAUUGUGCUCAUCGUCUUCUUCGAAGUGCUCUUCAUCCUGGAGUCGUUCAACUGGGCACGUACCGUCUCUGGCAUGAUCGCCAUGAUGGCUUUGCAGCGUUUCUUCUACAAGCUGAUCAUCUCGUUGGCAUUGACCCGUGAGUUCAAGAACGAUCAGUCCAACAUUGCCUGGUGGACCGGCAAAUGGUACAACAUGGGAUGGCACUCCCUCUCUCAGCCCGGCCGUGAGUUCCUUUGCAAGAUUACCGAACUCGGUUAUUUCGCUGCGGACUUCGUCCUUGGUCACACCAUUCUCUUCUUCAUGCUUCCCGGACUUGCUAUUCCAUACGCAGACAAGUUCCACUCCGUUCUCUUGUUCUGGCUUCGUCCAAGUCGCCAAAUCCGACCUCCGAUCUACUCUCUCAAGCAGUCUAAGCUGCGCAAGAGACGUGUGAUCCGUUUCGCCAUUCUUUACUUCGCCAUGUUGCUGCUCUUCCUCAUUCUGCUCAUCGCGCCGAUCGUUGUACGCAACAUGGGCCUCGACACCAGUCUGCGUAAGACUCUUUACAACGCCGUUGGUGUCAAAAAGGGCGGAAUGGCUCUUCUCCAGCCUCUUGACGCGGGCCUCAACGACACAGUGUCCUACUACACUGGAAGCGGCCUUCCUCAUGGCUUCUCCUCUCACGCUGCUGUCACUCCUACUGCCGGCAACUUCGACUUCCAGCGUUUGCUGUGA